AUGGCACCAACACCAGAAGGAAGAGGAUCAAGCAGAGGAAGAGGCGGUUUCAGAGGAGGAAGAGGUGGCUCCAGAGGCAGCUCUAGAGGAGGAAGCAGGGGCACUUUCAGAGGAGGAAGAGGAGGAAGCAGAGGUGGUUUCAGAGGAGGAAGAGGAGGAAGCAGAGGUGGAUCCAGGGGCAGAGGAGGAGCAGUUAAGAAAUACAUGCAUACCCGUGAAAACAAAACUGCAGAAAUCAAAAAAGCAUUAACUCAUCGUGCAAGAUUAAGAAAGAAUUAUUUUAAAUUAUUGGAAAAAGAAGGAUUACCUGAACGAGAAGAACCCGAGACUAUUGAUGACGAAGAUGUGUCUGAUGAUGAAGAAGAGCAGGAAAGGAGGCUGGGUGACGAAGAAGAUCAUGAACUGAGGGAGGAUGACGACGAAGAAGCUGAAGUCGAAGAAGAAGAAGAACCCAGAGAAAAGGAAAGGAGAAAGGAACAACCAAGAAAACAACUUACAUUUGCUGAACGUACUGAACUUAUAAAACAACGAAAACAACAACAACAUAAAGAAAAACUCGAAAUGGUUCAACAACGUCUUUCAUCAAUUCAAAAGAAUACUCAAAGACGAGAGUUAUCAAAAUUACGAUUUGCAAAACAUACUAAAUCAGGUCAACCAUUAAUGGGACCUCGUAUAAAUAAUUUAUUAGAAAAGAUUAAAAAGGAUAGUUAG